AUGAAGUCCAGAGUCAUCCGCAACCUGCCCAUCCGACGGGCGACAACGUCCAUCCCCAAGACGGCCUUUGCCACACCCGUCCGCGCCGCGAGCAGCGUUUCCCAAAGACCCAAUUCCGAUCAUGUCUCCUUCCCUGGUGCGCUGAAGAGCGCCUUCACGACGCAAUUGAGCUUUGAACAUCCCGAGUCGUACAAGGCCCUGCCUACGUAUAGAGUGGUCGAUCAGCAUGGCGCUGUGGUCGACCAGUCUUUCCAGCCUGACAUCUCGGACGAGACGGUGGUGAAGCUGUACAAGGACAUGCUGUUUAUUUCAAUUAUGGACUUGAUCAUGUUUGAUGCCCAGCGCCAGGGCCGCCUGAGCUUCUACAUGGUGAGCGCCGGCGAGGAGGCUGUCAGCGUGGGCAGUUCGAGUGUUUUGGAUCCAGAAGACCCCGUGUACUGCCAGUACAGAGAGCAAGGGUUUUUCAAGGAGAGGGGAAUGACCACCAAGGAGUUUAUGUCGCAGCUGUUUGCGAAUAAGAAUGACCCCGGCAAGGGGAGGAACAUGCCUGUUCAUUACGGCAGCAAGAGGUUGAAUAUCCACACUGUUUCUUCGCCGCUGGCAACGCAAAUCCCUCAGGCGUCGGGUGCCGGCUACGCCCUGAAGAUGCAAAAGCUGCAGGACCCCAACUCCAAGGCUAAGGUAGCGGUAUGCUUCUUCGGCGAGGGUGCUGCCAGCGAAGGUGACUUCCACGCCGCCAUGAACAUUGCUGCGACGCGCUCGUGCCCCGUCAUCUUCAUCUGCCGCAACAACGGCUACGCCAUCUCCACGCCCACGCUGGACCAGUACCGCGGAGACGGCAUCGCCAGCCGUGGCAUUGGCUAUGGCAUAGACACGAUCCGCAUUGACGGCAACGACAUCUGGGCCGUGCGCGAGGCCGUCAAGAAGGCCAGGGAAAUGGCCCUCCAGGACGGCGGCAAGCCCAUCCUCAUCGAGUGCAUGACCUACCGCGUCUCCCACCACAGCACGUCCGACGACUCAUUCGCCUACCGCGCCCGCGUCGAAGUCGAGGACUGGAAGAGGCGCGACAACCCAAUCACCCGCCUGCGAAAGUGGAUGGAGGCUAAGGGUUGCUGGGACGAAACCAAGGAGAAGGAGGCCAGAGAUAGUCUGCGAAAGGAGAUCCUCAAGGGCUUCUCCGAGGCCGAGAAGGAGAAGAAGCCUGCGCUGCGGACUAUGUUUGAGGACGUCUAUGAGGAGUUGACGCCCGACCUGAAGGCGCAGAUCAAGGAGCUUCGCGACAUGCUGGACAAGUAUCCAGAUGAGUACGACUUUUCAGAAUACGAUGGCGGCAAGGAGUCCCUGAAGGUGUAG